AUGUAUCUAUCUAUUUAUUUUAUGGCAAUGUAUCUAUUUUAUGACAAUCUAUCUAUCUAUCUAUUUUAUGACAAUCUAUCUAUCUAUCUAUCUAUUCUAUGGCAAUCUAUCUAUCUAUCUAUUCUAUGGCAAUCUAUCUAUCUAUCUAUCUAUUUUAUGUGUGAGGAGAGGAAUUUAUUGUCUGUUUUUGUUUUCUUUUUCGUUUUUUUAAAAAAAAUGUUAUUAUUUUCUUUCUUUCUUAUUUUCAUUCAUUCAAUCAUUCCUUCCUUGCUUCUUUCUUUCUAUCUUUCUUUCUUUCUUUCUUUCUUUCUUUCUUUCUUUCUUUCUAGCUAUCAGGUAGAUCCCCUCCUUACUUCCAGCCAACUGAGCAUAUUUUCAUUCAUUCAUUCAUUCAUUCAUUCUUUCUUUCUUUCUUUCUUUCUUUCUCCAUUAUUUAAAAAGGAAAAUUUUCUGCUCCAAACUUAA